AUGGAGCUGAGUUGGUGGUGCUAUUGCACUGUGUGGUGGGGUGCAUAUAGCAAGAUGGCAACGUGCAUGCAGGUCGGGCCAGUAUGGCUAGAUGGGCAGGAAAUAUGCUCACUGCUGCUGCCACUCCGCCUCCGCCUCCGCCUCCUCCUCCUCCUCCUAGCCGCUGCAGUCAGUGGCGCCACCGGCAGCUACGAUCCCAAGGCAUUCUGCUCCAAGACGACAGACGUAGCGUCGUGCCUCAGGGUGUACCCAACACUCCCGGACGACGUCGCCAAGUCGCAGGAUAACGAGCAGCUCUACACACGGCUGUACGACUACUGUGGAGUCAAGAUCUACGAGGCCUCAUCGCUCGCAGAAUCCAUGAUUGCAACCACCACCGCCGCCGACCCCGUGAUCAUCGCCACCUUCUUCCCGCAGUGGAAAGGGGACGAGGCGAUAACGACAAAAACACAUCCCGGCAAGUGCCUCUUGAGCUGCAACAAGACCAUCGGCGACGUUGACGCCAUCCAGACCUGCGGAAACACCUACAUGGAAGACAGGCCCCCUAUGAUCCACCAGAAUCUCACCGUCUUGUUCCACGGCGGCCACCCGCUGCCGCUCUGCAAGAGUGGAUGCUCGGAGAGGUCGUCUUCGGAGGGCGAGGCCAUCCUCGCCACAAAGUUCAAGUAUAUAUGGACCUUGUUGGAUCUCCUGGAAGCUGUCCUCCCGGAAUAUCUUUCUGAGACUGCCACCGGUGCUAAACAUAAGACGACGACACCAUCUCCCGCUGCAGCGUCCACGGCGCCAUGAGCAGCUAGAUAUCUACGUGCAGCAUCUAAUUCAUUCGCUUUGAUCGACCACACCACACAGUGCAGUGCACAUGGAAUCCAUAUAUACACUAGCUACACGCAUAUAUAUGCUAUGCUAUGUAUCUAAUUAAGAAAUA